AAUUAUGCAAUUACAAAGCAGACUUGGGCACUUGGUCCAACACCAAGCCCAAAACAAAAGUAAUCUUCACUAUGAAGAGAAAAGGAAUUACGGCUUACUGUAGUCCCUCAAUCUCCAUUGCUGUCCUCUGUUCUUUUCCAUAAGGAACCAAAACGAUCUUCUCUGUUCGUUUCUUCUCCCCAGAAAUCUAUUCGCUUCAGCUUCUCUCUAUUGUUUCAGCGAAGUCCUUAUGAAAAAGUGGAAUCGAGAGAUCUCGUAACUUACAAGUUCGUCACUGAUCGUCAGAGAUAAUGUCAAGUUUUUCAGCAAAAAUGUCGACAUCUCUUUUAGCUAUUCUUUAUGUAGUUCAUCCAAGAAAAUAUGUUCGACUUCCGGUGGCCAUUGAAAUAGUUCUCUUCUUCCCCAACUUGACUCGGUCAAAGUAUCCGGACGGAGUUGACCGAAUCGGAGAUGCACCCCACACUCGCACCCGUCUCAUGUUGAGACGGGUUCGGCGGCAAAAACGAAGAGUCCGUGCAACAUACAUAACCGCCACAAUACAAGUCUUGAAAAGAGCUGGCCGCCCCUCAGAGCAUCUGGUGAGUCAUGAAAAUUGUAGAUUUAGUAAGCCAACUGGACAUGAAUGCGUGCACAUCCAGAAGAUAACCGAAGCUUCAGGCACUGAAGAAGCAGAAGCUGAUGCAGAAUUUGAUAAUGCUCUCAAGGAGGCUAUCCAAGGUGUUCAAGAUGCAGUAAUGGCAAUAAAUGAACAUUUAGAAGAAGUUAGGUACGAGAUUGCAGCACUUGAAGACUAAAGAUGUAGUUGAUUGACUUUGCCUUUUAAGUUAUCAGGGGCACAUUGCUAUGAAAAGUCACCCCGUAAAUUCCAUGGUGAUCAAGCCUCAAAAGAUUAUCAUGUACAUUGUUCAUCAUAACGGUUUCCAUUCGUAUAGGCGACAAACAUUUUAUUCUUGAUGGUGGCACAGGGAGGUGAUAUAUGUAUUGCAUUGAGAACUCUAUUGGAGCUUAGUUAUAUCUUAAAUUUAAGCUCUCAAAAUUUGCUGCUCGAUUUUAUCGUAAAGAACAUGGGCGUUGUUAAGCUAA